GGUUGUCGACCUCAACUUCAGAGCUGCGACCUGAGUGAAUGAUCAAAUUACUUAAACAAGCCAUCACAGUGGUAACAACACCUCGACAUCUGCCCCCAUCAGCAUCACAUUCCAAGCCGAAUAAAGAUGUCACUCCCCGACAGCAACAAGGCUGGCGAAGUUCAAGUCUUCAACCUCAGCUUUCCAAGAUGCGGAACGAUGUGUACGCCUUCUCCCACUGACGGGAAAUGUAAAAUCGACUAAUGCUCCUGGAAUGAUACACAGCCAUGCAAGCGGCGCUCGAUCAGCUAGGCUACAAAUGCUGGCACUCAACGCUAUGCUUCGGCGACAACGCCCAAUGUCGCCGCUGGGGUGCGGCGAUGGAAGGCAAAUACGCAAACAACACGCCUCCUACCCGCGCCGACUUCGACGUCCUCUUCCAAGGCUACAAUGCCGUCUCUGCCGAUCCCCCAGCCUUUGCAUUUGUCGAGGAACUCGUCGCCUCCUACCCCAACGCCAAAAUCAUCCUCGUCGAGCGCGACGAAGACGCCUGGUACAACUCGUACGCUGCUACGACGCAGCACGCCUUGUUUCGGUGGGACAUGCACUUUGUCAGCAACAUCGACCCGGACGUCGUAGGCCCGGUGCGCGACAUGCAGCAGGCGUGGGUGCGUCUGUGGUGGAAGUGCAAGACCGAGGCCGAGAUGAGCGCCAAGGCUCGAACCAUGUUUCGCGAGCACAAUCGUCUCGUGCGUGCGGUUGUUCCUGCCGAUCGCCUGCUCGUGUACAAGCUGGGGAGUGGGUGGGCGCCAUUGUGCGAGUUUCUUGAAAAGGAGGCGCCCGAGACGCCGUUCCCAUCUCUGCAUGACCGCGCCACUGUGCGGGCCAGGUACAAGUGGAUUAAUGUACGAGGUUUGCAGAUCGUGGCCAAGCAAGCAACCAAGCUGCUGGUUCCGGUUGGGGUGGGUGUUUGGGGAUGGUGGGCGUACACCAAGUAUUACCUGCGUCGGCCGUGAGUGCGGUCCCCUCAUGGCCUGCGCAGGAAUGUAUUGUCUCUGGUUGGGGAGUAGGUCUUCCGGCAUCU